AAAAAAAAGAAAAGCAAAAAAGAAAGGAGAAUAAAGAGGAAACACACAAGUCCAUUUGGCGUUACAGAAGAGAAGAAGAAGUAGGUUUGAAAUCGGAUGGAGAAUGUGCCGGGAUCGUUCGGCACUAGCGCCAGCUUCGCUCUCCGUUUCGGCCAAACCAUUUUCUCAGCUGCUGCGUUGGUCUUCAUGUGCUUCGAUUACGAUUUCUAUGAUUUCACUACCUUCUGCUAUUUGGCGACUGUGAUGGCACUUGUAACUCCAUGGAGCGUCUUACUUGCUUUAACCGAUACAUACUCUGUCUUAGUGAAACUCCUCCCUCAAGAACUACGACUUCUUUCCAUCGUUGUCGCCGGUGAUUUCGUACUGUCAUUUCUUUCUCUCGGUGGAGCUUGUGCUGUAACUAGUGCAACUGGACUGCUUUCGUAUACAGGUGGAAAUGUCUGUGAUGGUAACCUCUGUAACCAAUACCAAGUCUCGGCUGCAUUGGCCUUCUUGUGUUGGUUUCUGUUACUUGCUUCAGCUCUUUUCAAUUUCUGGAGUUUACCUUCUUUAUACUAUCAACGUUAACAGACUUAAUAUAGAUAUAGAUAGGAAUCAUAAUCAUAGGACAUGGAUGUACAUUUUACAUACAUACAACUCUAGUCAUGUCCCUGUUAAUAUAAAAUAAAAAUUUACCAGUUUAUAA